AUGAAAAUGUCCUUUAAGAAGGAGGCGAACAACGUCCUCCGAUGCCCCGGUCCGCCAGAUGUCGCCCUCACAGCUGGGGACGGUCGCGAGACGUGGGGCAAGAAGGUCGACUUUCUGCUGUCGGUCGUCGGGUUCGCGGUCGACCUCGCCAACGUCUGGAGGUUCCCCUAUUUGUGCUACAAGAACGGCGGAGGGGCAUUCUUGGUUCCUUAUUGUGUGAUGCUGAUCGUCGGUGGAAUUCCCUUGUUUUAUAUGGAGUUAGCUUUGGGACAAUUCAACAGGAAAGGUGCUAUAACGUGUUGGGGAAGAUUAUGUCCGCUUUUCAAAGGUAUAGGUUACGCUGUGGUUUUGAUAGCAUUCUACGUGGAUUUCUAUUACAACGUUAUAAUAGCUUGGGCGCUACGCUUCUUCUUUGCUUCCUUCACAAAUCUACUUCCAUGGACCACUUGUGACAAUCCUUGGAACACACCGAACUGCAGACCAUUCGACUACCCAUCGAAAAAUCACACGGAAUUCAAUCGAUCGGAGAUUGUAUUACCAGAGGUUCGUUUCGCAUCAGCUGCUUCAGAAUAUUUCAAUCGAGCUAUUCUGGAACUGCACCAAAGUGAAGGCCUGCACGACCUUGGCUCGAUCAAGUGGGACAUAGCCCUGUGCCUCUUCGCCGUGUACGUGAUCUGCUACUUCUCCCUGUGGAAGGGCAUCUCGACCUCGGGCAAGGUGGUGUGGUUCACCGCGCUGUUUCCGUACGCGGUGCUGCUCAUCCUGCUGGUGAGAGGCAUCACGCUGCCCGGGUCUGCCGAGGGGAUCGAGUACUACCUGCGGCCGAAUUUCAGCGCUAUCGGAUCUGCAGAGGUUUGGGUGGACGCUGCAACGCAAGUUUUCUUCUCUUUGGGUCCUGGUUUCGGAGUGCUUUUGGCAUAUGCUUCGUACAAUAAAUACCACAAUAAUGUUUACAAGGAUGCGUUAUUAACCAGCGCCAUCAACUGCGGCACUAGCUUCAUAGCCGGCUUCGUGAUAUUCUCAGUGCUGGGCUACAUGUCGCAUGCGGCUGGUCGCCCCAUCCGUGAGGUGGCCACCGAAGGCCCGGGGCUGGUCUUCAUCGUAUACCCGGCGGCCAUAGCAAAGAUGCCCGGCAGCAUAUUCUGGGCGUUGAUCUUCUUCAUGAUGCUGCUCACGCUGGGACUGGACAGCUCGUUUGGUGGUUCGGAAGCAAUCAUAACAGCCUUGAGUGACGAGUUCCCGAAAAUCGGAAGACACAGGGAAAUCUUCGUUGCGUGUCUAUUCACUAUCUAUUUCGUAGUGGGACUGGCUUCCUGUUCCCAAGGUGGCUUCUACUUUUUCCAUCUGCUGGACCGGUAUGCGGCUGGAUACUCGAUGCUGUUUGCCGUAUUCUUCGAAGCUAUCGCUGUUUCAUGGAUAUACGGGACUCAGAGGUUUUGCGACGACAUCAAGGACAUGAUAGGCUUCUCGCCGGGCUACUACUGGCGAUUCUGCUGGAAAUUUGCGGCGCCACUUUUCCUGCUUUUCAUCAUCGUGUACGGCCUGCUGGGCUACGAACCGCUGACCUACGAAAGCUACGUCUAUCCAGCGUGGGCCAACGUCCUGGGAUGGGCCAUCGCUGGUUCAUCGGUGAUAAUGAUUCCGAUCGUUGCUGUGUACAAGAUCGCCGUCACUCCAGGCUCAUUUUCAAAGCGACUCAAAAUUGUGACGACUCCAUGGCGCGACACGCAGGUGAUUGGUGUCCAAUUGAACGGACUCGUUGAGUCCGAUAGCAAAGAAGUUCGUGUCGCACUGCCACCUGAGACUCCAAACUUGACACCUGUUGAGGUGUGA